AUGGAGGACCGCCGCCGGCGAGCCGGAGGUGGGAAGGACCGGAUCAGCGGCCUUCCUGACGAGCUGCUGCACGACAUCCUCCGCCGCCUCCACUCUACCCCCGCCGCCGCGCGCACGAGCGAGCUCUCCCGCCGCUGGCGUCGCGUCUGGGCCCGCAGCCCAGAUCUCGUUUUUGGUGACGACCUACUUCGUGGCGUGGAGGGCGGCGGAACCUCGUUCCUCGACGGCUUAGACGCCGCCCUCGCCGCCUACUCCGACGACCCGGCCGUCCACGUCGACAGCCUCAAGAUCGCCGUGCCUCGCACAUGCGGGGAGAACGUCCCGGCCCCGCGCGUCGCGCCGUGGCUGCGUUUCGCCUCGCGACGCCUUGCGGGCGCGUUCUACCUCUCCGUGCCUUAUCAGCCAUGGCCGCGAGUCAACCGCGAGGACGACGAGCUCGAGCUGCCCCCGUGCGAGGGAGCGACGGCGAUAGAGCUCCAGCUCGGGUCGCGGUUCCUCCUCCGUAUCCCGCAGGCCGGCACGUUCGAGGCGCUGUCCGACCUGGAGAUUCGCCUAGCCACCAUGGACGGCCGGGAGCUGACGUUCCUUGUCUCCUCGCAGUGCCCGCGGUUGCGGAAUCUCACACUAGUCGUCCACCUGCUUGCCGCCUCUGAUGUUGCCUUGCGCUCCGCCACGCUACGGAGCCUGGUGUUCCAUGUCCGGAACACCCUCCGGCUCGACAUCGCUGCUCCUAUGCUCGAAAAUCUGGAUGUAUCCAAGGUCGCCGAUGCCCACAUCGCUGCACCGAAUCUGGCUGAUGUCGUCUUGAGCAGCACAAAUGUUGUCUUUGCUGACGCCGCCCGCCAUCUCCGGCGGUUAGGCGUCAGACAGUGCUCUGCCUUGGCACCGCUGAUGCGGCGGUUCGACUCAGUCAACACAUUGCAACUUCAAACACCCAAAGGAUUAGGGAGCUACAAGACAUUCUUGGAUGGCACGAACAAUCUUCCCAAGUGUGAGAUCUUGUCGGUAUCAUCCCUAUGGGUGCAUAACCAUGCCUUUAAACCAAGCUUGCUGGAGAUGCAAUGGUAUAAGGAGGCUGCAUCUAUUAUUCAAAUUUCCUUCAAUGAAUCCCAAUUGCUCUUCGGACUGUCCAUGUCGCGUACGAGAGAGUCCCAUGACUAAUAGAAUCAUCCUUGAUUCACUUCAAGGGAUAGAAAUUCGUGUGCUUAGAGGAUCAGCAAAUAAAUUUGUGGAAUUUCUAGAGCAGCUGCUAUCUAGUAUAUGGAGCACAACAAAACUAAUAAAUCUUAAAAGUGUGGAAAUGAACAUCAUGUGCCAUGGUUCUCCCCUAAGCGACCAGCUAUGCAAGAAGAUCGGUGAGCUGUGUCCUCCAAAUGUCAGAAUCAAAUCAAAUGUGUUUCCCGAAGGCUUUACUCGGGAUUAGAAACUACUCCUGUAGGAGCCCUAUGCAUUUGAGGUUGGACCAUGUUCCGAACAUAGAAUCAUGUGUGGGUUAUUGAGAAAGUCAUGGUAUGUGAUAGAUUAAUGGUUGUCUCUAAAAAAUUCUAUGUGUAUCGUUCGUUCAGUGAAUUUUACAUGGCCAUUUCUCUAA